AUGUCCGCCUCGCCUCGCUACAAGUCCGAAGACCACGAUGCUACAACACUAGCCAGUCCGUUACACUUCAACUUCGCGAACGUUGAUGCGCCGAACCGAUUUCUCAAGGCCGCCAUGACUGAACGAUCAUCUACAUGGGAUCCAGUGAUCCCAGAGAAUCGAGGAGUUCCGGGUGCGGCGAUGUUCCAAUUGUACAAGACAUGGGGCGAAGGACGCAUAGGACUUAUCCUGACCGGUAACGUCAUGCUUGAGUACGACCAAGUUGCAACGGCUGGAGAUCUUGUUGCUCCACGUGGAGCGCCUUUCUCUGGGCCGCGUUUCGAAGCCUUCCAGAAACUAGCAGCAGCUGGAAAGGCUCAAGGCAGCCUCAUGGUAGCUCAACUGAACCAUCCUGGCAAGCAGAUCGACAGCAGGAUCCAACCAUACCCCGUCUCAGCGUCAGAAUCCCCGGCGCACAGCACGCUUCUCGGGUUUGAGGCAGCAAAGGCUCGUUCGGCGUCCACAGGAGACAUUGCUCGUAUUGUAGAUGGAUUCGCACACUCCGCAGAGUAUCUCGACAAGGCUGGAUUCGACGGAGUUGAAUUCCAUGCUGCGCACGGCUACUUGAUCGCUCAAUUCCUUUCGGCUGAUACGAAUUUGAGAACAGAUCAGUAUGGCCAAAGCCUCGAAAACAGAGCUCGACUACUCGUUGAAGUUGCGCAAGCUAUACGCAAGAGGACCAGACCAUCCUUCAUUCUCGGAGUAAAACUGAACUCUGUCGAGUUCCAACACGCUGGUCUGAGACCUGAGGAGGCAAAACGUCUUUGCGAAAUACUUGAGGAAAGCCAGUUCGAUUUCGUGGAGCUCAGCGGUGGAACACUUGAACACUUUGUCCACAAGCGGGAAAGCACACGGAAAAGAGAGGGUUUCUUCAUGGAGUUCGCUGACUCGAUUGUCCCGAUGCUGACGAAGACGAAGGUCUACGUGACCGGAGGCUUCAAGACGAUUGGUGGUAUGGCCAAAGCAGUCGAGAGGGUGGAUGGUGUUGGUCUCGGACGUCCAUUAGCCCAGGAACCUUGGCUGGUCAAAGAACUGCUCGCUGGCGAGAUUAAUGGGGCGAUCUUACAACGACAGGAUGAGAGUGACUACGGUCUCACCAACAUGGUGGCGGGAUCGCAGCUGAGACGUCUCGGAGCUGGCCAGCAGCCUCUUGACAUGAGCCGGCAGGAGAACGAGGAGGCGUUUGGGAAAGCCGUGGGCAAGUGGUUGGAGGAGGCGAAGAGUGACGCUGUGAAUCCUGUGUAUGGAUAUCCGGACAUCACGAACGUGACGUGA